UAGGGUAUCGCCAGGGCCCAUUGGCUUCUCCUUCCUCAUCUUAACGGUGAGUUACCCGACCCGAUCGGAUGCAUCGAGGAAUUUCAGGCGAGUCUCCUGAAACCUAACCUCAGUGAAGUGCUGCUUCUUUCCAAGUCAGCCUUCCGGCAGUCCGUCCGGCCACCAAUUCCGAUUUCUACUCGCCGCCCCGAGCCUGCUGCUUUCUAUGCUCCUUUGAUUCAGACGCAUCCGGCGUUAGACUUGUCUGGUUUUCAUUUAGAAGGCUGCUCGGGUUUAAGUUCAGCAGCUGUCCGAGUACUUAGAUAGAAAGAACGAUGAUCUCUGCUGGUAUUAAAGAGAUAUUGAAUAUUCAGAAGCUUCGUAGAGUUGUCUCUUACACUGGGUUCUUCGUAUUUACGGCUGCCGUUAGCUAUGUUUAUACCAACAAUACAACUAGGGCAGGUUUUUCUAGGGAUGACCAGUUUUAUGCAGCUUAUCCUGCUGGAACUGAACUUUUAACAGACACGGCCAAGUUGUAUAAAGCAGCAUUGGGGAAUUGCUUUGAGUUAGACGAAUGGGGUCCGAUUGAGUUCUGCAUAAUGUCUAAACAUUUCGAUCGCCAGGGGAAAUCACCGUAUGCAUAUCAUGCUCAAUACAUGGCGCACCUUCUUUCACAUGGACAACUUGACGGAAGCAGUUAGAAUGGAUGAUGAUAUUACAGUCCCGCCGCCCUCGUGAAAGAUUGAUCUAUUUGGAACGUCUACAAUGUUGUGCAUAGAUGGUGAGAAGUGAUGGAAGAAUGAAUUAUUGAUAGGUCUAUCCUCGUGCUGAUACGUUUUAGUUGAUGUGUAAGAAGGUAAAUUGGAUAUUUAUUCGAGUGUGGGUAAGCAAGCUUGCUUCCAAUAUUGACUUGCUCCAUAAUUUUUCUAAGAUGUAUGAGUUUGCUGAUAGAUGGAUACAAUGUUGUGGAACAUUCUCAUCCUCCUAUAACAUGAAUUAG